AUGGCAAACAACGCUGCUGAACAGUCCACUAAACAGUGGGAGGAUGAUGUGUGGAGCGGCUGGAGAGGACAUCGCUGGGACGGCUGGGACGGCUGGGACCGCUCCGAUGGCUGGGAGGGAUCCCAGUGGAGUUGGCCCAGCUCUAACCGGCAGAGCUCGCCGCCAGAGGCCGCCGUGGAGCCUCCGUCAGAACCGGUGAGGCCGUGGUGGAUGGAUUCGCCAGUUCCAGGGAUUCCAAGUCCCCGGGGCCGGCCAAGGAGGUGGGGCAGUGAGCAGCGAGGAUACGAUGAGAGUCACUCCCAGGUCUCCCAGGAAAUAGCUGAGCCGACUUCCGCUGCUGCGCGGUGGUUGGCUUCGGCUCCAACACCCGCGCCAUCACCUGCUCCAACACCUCCAGCAAAAAUUGUGGUCCUGGGAAUGCCCAAAUGUGGCACAACAUCCCUGCACGAGUCCUUCAAGAGAGCUGGCUUCAGGUCCGUGCACUGGGCUUUGGAUGCUGGGCAGGAAGUCAAGAAGGACACACGGCUGCGGCUCUAUGGGGAAGGGGCUGAUGAGCGCCUGUUGGGACGUUUGAUCACCAAAGCGGUUCAGCGGGGCUUGCCACCCUUUGCUUUGCUCCCGGGGGAGGUGGAUGCCCUUGCCGAAAUGAACGGGUGCCACUGGACGAGCAAACAGAAGGAUGCGGUUCAAGCCUAUUUUCCCCAGAUGCAGUACUUGCGGGAAAUCUGCGAUGCAUAUCCAGAUGCGCAUUUCAUCCUCAACUCUCGCAACCUGCAGGACUGGGUGAAGUCUGUUGACAAGCACAACGACAUGCGCGAGCGUCUUAUCCAAGCAGAUUUGCCAGGCCUCCCGAAAGGUAUUGGCGAAAGGGAUGAGGAUUUGAUCGAAUGGGUCUCCCGCCAUCACGAGCGCGUUGCGGCUCAGUUGAUGCACUGCAGACUGUUAAAGUUCAAUAUCGAUGUGCACGGAGCAGCUGAACUGAGUGCAUUCCUGGGGCGGAGGCCAGACUUUGUCUUUGCGAAUCUCUUUCCACAAGCACUGCGGCCGAUAGUGAGUGCAGUGGGAGCCCUGAGCCACAACCUCGCCGCCUCGCUGGCCCCGGGCCUCUUGCGGAUCCGACAGCCGGAUGAAGAGCGACCUGAGGCUGUCAUGUACGACCCCAGCCACACGAAGGAUGGUGCCGUGCUUUGGAACAUGGCCGGUGCCAUGAGUUUGGCCAACGCGAGCUCCUCUUUGGCCUGGCCUGCGGCGCCUUCAGGGCAGCCCAUGCCCGGGGCUCCCGGCUCCAAGGAAUACGAUGCCCGCCGGGCCAAAGCUUUGAAAUUGCUGGAUGAAUCCAUCAGCUCUUUGUUAGUGCCCAGCGGAGCCGAAAGCGUUCGCCUCAGUGAAAGGAUUCGCAGAUGA